CUUGAGUCGAUUGUAUCGUCACCAAAAAUCAAAUAUUUAGAGAGAUAAAGGACCCUAUCUUAUGCUUAAAGUGCGACAACCCACACCAAACGGCUAUAAUUGGCGUUACAAAUUACACUUACCCUUCUAAAUUCCAAUUAUCAUUUAUAGUGAAAGAGAGAAACAAACGUAGCCUCAAAAACAAAGAUCCUUUCUUUCCUUAUACUGGGUUUUGGUUUUUCUUUUUUUUUUUUUCCACAGGGUUUUCAUUUACUCAUCAUAAAACACUAUACAUAACCCUUUUUACCCUUUUUUUUUUUCAUCAUUUUAUUUUAUAUAUAUAACCCUCACGCACGCGCACACAAAAAAGACACAAACUUUUUUCUUCUUCUUCACCAUGUCUGAGGAGUACUAUAAUUCUAAGAAAACUGAUGAUAUCUGCGAUGAUGUUUGUGGCCAGCAGGGAACACCUGCAGCGCUGAGCAUGUCACGACUCAGGUGUAUUUUGCGAGGAUUGGACUUCAAGACUUACAUAUUUAUGUUUGUGAUCAUCCCAAUAGGCGUCUUAGUCAUCUAUUUGCACGGGCAGAAAAUCUCAUACUUUCUGAGACCAUUGUGGGAGUCUCCGCCGAAGCCGUUUCAUGAAAUCCCUCACUAUUAUCACGAGAACGUGUCGAUGGAAUCUCUGUGCAAACUUCAUGGGUGGGGAAUUCGUGAAUCACCGAGACGAGUCUUUGAUGCUGUUUUGUUUAACAAUGAAGUGGAUAUGCUUACUAUUCGAUGGAAAGAAAUGUAUCCUUAUGUUUCACAGUACAUACUUCUGGAGUCAAACUCAACGUUUACAGGAUUCGUCAAACCGUUGAUUUUCGCAAGCAAUAGGGACAAGUUCAAGUUUGUCGAGCCGCGACUAACAUAUGGAACAAUCGGUGGAAGAUUCAGGAGAAAGGAAAAUCCGUUUAUCGAGGAGGCACGUCAAAGAGUUGUGUUGGAUCAGCUUCUGAGGAUCGCGGGGAUUGAAGAUGACGAUCUUUUGAUAAUGUCCGAUGUUGAUGAGAUUCCCAGUGCACACACAAUUAAUCUCUUGAGGUGGUGUGACGAUAUCCCUCCGAUUCUUCAUCUACAACUGAGGAAUUACUUGUACUCUUUUGAGUUUUUCCUUGACAAAAAAAGCUGGAGAGGGUCAAUCCAUAGAUACCAGACUGACAAGACAAGGUAUGCACACUAUAGACAGUCUGAUCUGCUGCUGUCGGAUGCUGGCUGGCACUGCAGUUUCUGUUUCCGUCAUAUCAGUGAAUUUGUAUUUAAGAUGAAAGCUUACAGCCACUACGAUCGAGUGCGAUUCCCUCAUUACUUAAACCCUGACCGGAUUCAGAACGUGAUAUGCAAAGGUGCUGACUUAUUCGACAUGCUUCCUGAAGAGUAUACAUUUAAGGAGAUCAUCGGAAAACUAGGACCGAUUCCUCAUUCUUAUUCAGCAGUGCAUCUUCCUGCAUUUUUGUUAAAUAAUGCCGAUAGAUACAAGUACUUGUUGCCUGGUAACUGCAGAAGAGAAAGUGGCUGACUCUGAAUGUAGGUGUUUCUUUUAAAUUUUGGUACAAAUUGGACUCUUUUGAAUGAUUCAUAGGGUCAUUCUUUAGAGAGGGAUACUCAGAUAGAUAAGCCUGAUAAGAUUUUGAAAUUUGACAGUAACCUCUGUUUAUCCAAUUUUCGAGGAGGGAAAAGUGGUUUUUUAUGCCUUUUGGGCAAGCUUUUGUACCUUAUAAUCGGGUUUGCAUGAACCCUCAACUUGCCUAAUAGUUGCAUGGGAUUUGAAUUUUACUCGAUAAGUUAUACACAUUCCAACCUUUUCGGUUGCUUAUUGAUUUAACUUCAAUUCAAUUGCUUCUCGGCCCCCAUUUUGAU